CAGGUGAGCUCAGGUUGACCAGUGGUUCAUUUUAAUAUAAAAAUGAAUGGUCAAGAAGAUGUAGAUCAUAGAGCAGAGAUGCAAAGGCCCUCACUGUUUGUUGCAGAUGGUGUGCCAGCUGACUGGAGUUCCAUAUUCUCUUCUAUAAGGGCACAGCUUCCAUCACUUAACUCUGACACAUCUAUGUGUGGUGAUGAAGAUGAUGUCUCUAUUUUUCAACGGCAUCAGGAUACUGCUGUGGUCUGUGAUGAAGAAUCUGAAGCAGACCUGGAUAUUUCCCUGGAAGAUCCUGAAUUAGAGGACUUGCUGGAGUCUGUGAGAUUUGUGGGAAGGAGUGACAUAAGGAUGCAUCCAUGGAAAGCUAAUAACGAAAAGGAGGUUAGUGCAUUAUGUGAUCCUUCCAAUACAUGUAUUUAUGACUGUUGUGUGGGACAAACCCCACUUGCUGUUGCUGAAGAACCAAAGCAAUAUAAGGAAACAGCUGGAACAAAUGUCUCUGAGCUUGCUGAUUUUGCUGAAGACCACCUGACAAGAGAAGGCUGCCACAGCCUGAGUAAUAAAAAGGCCACUAAAAUUAUGGAGAGAGGUUGUAUCACAUGCCCCACAGCCAGACAGGAAGCACAUGGAGCUCCUCGUUUAGAUUUUCAGGCAUUGAAACAGCUAGAUUUGGAUGGCAUCCUGCUAAGUUUGCAGCAUUAUAGCAAAGAAGACAGAGAUCCUGGUGAAAAAUGCUCUCUUCCAUCUGAACUAGAAUCAGGAGAUGCUGUACCUAAUGCUUCUUCUAGGUCCCAGGAGAUCAUGGAUAAGUUAGCACAGUUAUGUGUCCAGCAGUCACAGCAGAAGUGCCAAGUCACCACCAUGUCUCUCCAGUCUAGUCUGCAGAGAGGUGGACACAGAAGCACCCCAUUAUCCAAGAACACAGGAACAGUAGCAGACCUAAACAGGAAGAUGGAUCAUCCAACUGUGUACCUCGACCUACGAAAUGCACAGCCAACAGGAAGAUCUGUCUCAUUCAAGCAGCCUCAGGAAAAAAUUAGAUUUACAGAGACCAAAAAACACAGUUCUUUGUCGAGUUCUGCCGAAGAAGAUGAGGAGGAAGACAAAGGACCAUCCCAAAAAGCAACAUUAAAUCAAGACAGGGGACUGCUGGAAUCUGCUGAUAAAGCCAGGUCAGGGACAUGUAAAAGCAUACUGUUGUGCCAGCGUCGUAAAACAGCUGCAGUUUCCAAUCUACAGGUCAGCAGAGCUCUGGAGUCUCCUAGCCAUAGUGUUGAAGCAACUGAUGGCACUGGAGGAAAUGCACUGAAAGUUUUGAGAAGAAGAUGUAGAAUAAGGGGUGAAGUAAACAAAGCUAAUGGUGUAGCCUGUAUAAAAAAUAAUAUAAGCACUACAAACUCUGCUAUUACUAAUCAGAAGAAAGAGAAGAGAGUGCAAGACUCUCUAAAAGAAAAUGGCAGAGGUGGCACACCCACUGAAGAUUUCAAGCCAUGCAUGCCCAAGCUCUCAACCUUAAAACAUGAUGCUGCCUGUUGCACAGUCUUGGCUCAUAGCAGUGAUAUUGAGAUGGAGCAAGUCCAGCUAAAACAAAAGGAGAAAAACAGAAAUGAACAGCAACGCAAACAUAGGCUGCAGGAUCAUCUUGAGAGUUUGAAGCCAAGGCACUCUGUAAUGGGCAAACAGACAAUGGCAGAAAAAACUCCUGUAUUAUUUAAUGCACAUACUUCGUACCUACCUAACAUCAGUACUUUACCAGCAGCAGAUAAUGGCAGCAAAGAGAUGCUCCUGAUGACCAUGUGGCUGACCAGCUGUGGACAAGCAGUAUCCCGUGGCCAGCAUACCGGACGUUUACUAGAUGUAGCAUUGUCUGCAUCAAGCAUCUAUAAUACCAUUGUCACUUGGUUGCUCUCUCUAGUAUCAGAAUCACUGCCAAAACAAAGAACUGAUUGCAUUCCAUUUCAUGUUGUGAGUCUUCAACAACUAUGGAGAGAGGAUGGGUUAGCAUUAUAUGCCUGUGUUAUGCCAACGGAAGACUAUACAAAAGUGAACUGCAGAAAGAGCUGGAGAAAUAAAAUUAAAGAAACUCGAGGGACCACUACAUUCUACCAGCAGCUGUCCACCUUCUUAUCACAGACACCACUUUUGAGCAUAGCCUGGUGGAAAGAAGAACUGAACAACUGCCUCCAAGACCAGCUAUACCCACUUCUAGUUGACCUCCCUACAUUGAGUCUCAGCAAUAUCCUUUCUGUUAAUCCUGAUGCUGAGGCUGUACGAAAAGCGUUUGAUCCCUGGAAUGGGUUUUAUUGGCAGACAGUUGAGACUAGUGAAUGUUUUGGGUUUGGUCUUGGUGACACUGAAGAUAUCCUGAUUAAUCAGACUGAGAUUACCAUGGCGGUAAUGUUUCAAACUUUAUUCAGUAACCCUCUGGCAUUUCACCACACCCUGCAGCUUAUACUGUGCCAUGGCUUAGAUAUAUGUGGACUUCGCCUUCUUUACCCCAAGUACAACAUUUUAGCUUCUAGCACAGAUUCACUGCCUGCAUUAUACAGAACAGAUGAUGGUAACUGCAGACCAGUGCUUGCAUUGGCUUUGCGGGGUCCUAAAGCCUGCUCUGUCUGGCAAGACAUUGUAGGACCUUCAGACCCACAAUUAGCUAUACUUACAGAUCAGUUUUCUGUAAAUGCAACGUACUGCAAGUGCCGUAAUGAACCUUUGCUGUAUUCACCACGACUGGAAGAACGGAUACAUAGGGAGCUUUGUGUCUGGUUUGGAGGUAGGGUUUCUGAUGAUGGUGUCAUACGAAUUGGUGUUCAGAAUCCUACCAGUGUCUCUACAAAUAAAACCAGGCCACAGAAUUGUCAACAAAGAAAAUCUAAUCAUACUCAGUCUGAACAAAGCCCUCAGGAGACAGAUCUUUGCAGACCACCAGCUACACUAAUUGCCACCACCAAAGCUGAUGUGUUCUUGGUGGUGUCAUCUGCUGUACCUUGUAAUACAUAUGGAGAUGUGAUUUCUGUCUGUAGUCGCCAAGGAUUUACCAUGCUUGGAGUUAAGAGGAUGCGGCUUUCAGUGAAGAGAUUAAUUAACCUUGGCAUCAACAACAAACAGAUACCUGUUUAUGGCUCACCACCAGCCUGUUCUUCUGCAUUGCACACCGAUAUUGUUGGUAAUGAUACAGCCACUGAGCUGCCGUCCUGCUGUCUACUACUGCUGCUGAGGAAAGAGAAUGCAAGCCAUCAUAUUCCAGGACUCCUUAGAGGUUUAAUGAAUGAAUUUGCAGAACAAGGCCUACUUGGACCAUUGAGGAGCAGGCUACCUCCAGGCACUGAGCUGGAGACUGGAUUCUGUUUUCAUGUUGCUCCUUAUACAGAAAGUUUGUUGCAGGGACUGGGUGGAAAUUUUAGCACAGUCCCUGACUCAGGGAACAUUACUAUAGACAUCUUUUCAGCUCAGAUCUACACUCCAAAUCCAGAAAUGGAACAAGUUGUGGUCCUUUCUUUUUCAGGAAGAGAUAGUAUGGAGCAAGCUGGAAACUUCCUGCAACAGAUUAUUCGCCCCAUCACUAAGAAAUCUCACCAUGAAAGAGGUGAACUUGAUAGUGGAUUUGAGUUGCUUAGUUUGAAGUGCUUGCCUUACCUCACCCGAACUCAGGCACUAGAGGUCACACCAUUUGAGGUGGGAGACAAACACUGGCAGGAGAGCAUUAACCAGCUGGUAUCACGACCUGCACUCAUAUGUGCUCUACGACGAAUCAAUGCCUUUGCUGUCCUUGCACAGACUUUGCAGUUAUGGGUAUCGAAUACAUGCUUAUUGGGAAGCCAGCACUGUAACCUAGAGAGGGUAAUGUCAUUAACCUCAGAGAUGGCAUUCAGACAGAUUGCAGUCUUUUUCACAGACAGAGAGCUCAUCUCAGAUCACACAAGUCGUCCCUUGAUGAAAUAUAUUCCACCAAUGAGGAGAACACACAGACGAGAAGAAAUCCAAAGGCGUGGUGUGUCUACUGAGUCCAUUUUCAAGUUCAUGCUGUCAGAUCCCCAACCCCUUGUCACAUUGCUUCUGAUAAAACCUUAUGCAUGGCCCAGAAGUAUGUCAAAAAUCCUUCGAAAACUAGACCUGGAGAAGUUUCAGCUGGUGGGAAUUAAGCUGCUGACUUUGCACCAAAGAAAUGCUUCAGCUGUUAUCACAGUGGAUAAAGAUCAGCAACCUGAAUUAUUCCAGGCCCACCUUACUUACCUGACUUCUGCACCUUCUGUUGUUUUAUGUAUUCAAAGAGAGAAUGCAGUGAAAAAACUGUUGGAUCUGCUAGGACCAGAGGACCCACAAAAGGCAAAAUCCCAAAACCAGUUCUUGUGGAGGGCCGAGUAUGGGACUGACCACGUUUAUAAUGCGAUGUAUGGUUCUUCAUCAUAUCAGAAUGCUGUCAAUGAUGUGAAGUUGUUUUUCAAGGAAGGUCUUUGUUGCCUGAGAUCUGAAAUCAUGGAGGAAGAAGAGAUUGCAAGCGUCACAAAGGAUUUGUUGAUCAGCAAUGAAAGACAAAAAACCUGCAAGCUUGUAAAUGCCCCAUUAGAUGUUUCUUUUCGUGCGGUGACAGCUACAGGAAUGCCUUUUCAUACUGCACUUUGUCAGGUCACCUGCUUACUGCUGCCGUUCCCACUGCUGUCAGGUUCCCAUCAUCCCCCUUACAUUGAAGUGCUGGAGCAGCUAAGUGAAAAACAGUUUGAACUGACAGGGGUGAGGAUGACUGUAAUGGACCAAGCCCAGGCACUCUGUAUUGCUGAGAGAUUCCGCACCGAGGUUUCUCUGUUGUCUGGCAAACCUUGUCUAAUUCUGGCUCUGCAAAGAGAUAAUGCUGUCACUUGCUUUAGCUCUCUCUUGGACAGUAUUUCCUGGAAGACAUUGGACUGGACAAAGUACCGAGAAUACUUUCUUUAUCCUAAGGAUGAAGAGCAGGCCAAACAGCUACUGUGUGUUCUGUUUGAUUACCUGACUCCCAACAGUGCUCUCCAAAUCAGUCCCCAGGAUUUCUGACUGCAUCAGAUACUGCAUGGAACUUUUAUGCCUGUCCAGAACAAUGCUAGCUUUCUGCCUUUUUACUCAAGAAUACUUAUUUCAUUGCUAAUGAAAACUUUUAAAGUCUGAUUUUGUAAAAUGGAUUUGAGUAUACCAGCAGACUGAUUCAUAGCUCUCCACUAUCUGCAUACAUAAUAACUUUAGUCGUGGUCGCCAACAAAAUUAUUUUACACUAAGGACUAGAGUAUUUGGAAAAAGUGCUAGAGCGUAAUAUGAUAAAUGCCAAGAAAGUAGCUAAUCCAUUAGCACUGACUACAUAAGAGGGAAAUGCCAGAGAUGUGGACUGUUAUUCCCAGGGGCACAUCAACCCGUAAUGCUAUAGUAGAAAUUGCUAAAUUAGUCACUGAAAAAAAUAUUCAAAAGCAUCUGGUUUCUAUUGCCUUACUGGUUCACUUGUUGAUAUAGUAUUGUUUCACUGUGUAUUAUGUAGUAGAGGGAUUAAGA